UACUCCCAAGAAAAGGAGGCGUUCAUUGCUAGUCCUGGGGGUGUUGUCCUCUGCUCCCGCUCUCAUUGGACGAGGCUCAUUUCCUAAAUAAGGACAUUUGCACCUUAUUUGGUGGCGUCAGAAAUAGAUAAGGGCAGAUUUAUAGAGACUGCUGUGAGAGUUGCGCGCUGCUCCGGGGAGCCGUGUGUCAAUCUCUGUGUAUCUGGGAUCAAAGAGGAACAGAGCGCAUCGAGCAGCUGGGACCUGGGAGCCUUGUCACUACAGCUCCUUGGGAUUGAAGGGUUAAGUGACUGGCACAGGGGAAGCCCUGCCAUUGGCUGAUUAGAUCCUUUCAAUCUCAUUUCCAUUCGUACCCGACAGGAAUGGCGUUGGAUUUCUUUGCAGGAUGCGCAGGAGGUGCAGCUGGUGUGCUAGUUGGACAUCCAUUUGAUACCGUUAAGAUGAGAGAUAAGCCUCCCCAUGGAGAGUUACCUCCGAGUGCGUCUUCAAGUCCAGAGUGUAUCAAAUCCCAAGUAUCGUGGGACCAUUCACUGCUUCCAGUCUAUUAUCAAGCAAGAAAGUACUCUGGGACUCUACAAAGGAGUUGGAUCACCCAUGAUGGGACUUACAUUUAUCAAUGCCCUUGUGUUCGGUGUUCAAGGAAACACUAUAAGAUAUUUAAGCAAAGACACUCCAUUAAACCAGUUUCUUGCUGGUGCAGCCGCUGGCUCCAUUCAGUGCGUCAUCUGUUGCCCCAUGGAAUUAGCAAAAACAAGACUGCAACUUCAGGGAACAGGGGAAUACAAAUCCAAGUCGAAAAAUUACAAAAACUCUCUGGACUGUCUGGUAAAAAUCUACCGCAAGGAAGGUCUACGAGGCAUUAAUAGAGGGAUGGUAACCACCUUCCUUAGGGAGACCCCAAGUUUUGGAUUUUACUUCUUGACAUAUGAUUAUCUAACGAGGUAUAUUGGAUGUGAAAUCAAUGACAAGUUCAUCAUUCCAAAGCUUCUGUUUGCUGGAGGAAUGUCUGGGAUCGUAUCAUGGCUCUCCACCUACCCCAUCGACGUGAUCAAGUCAAGGCUUCAGGCAGACGGCAUUGGAGGAGUGAAUCAUUACAAUGGGAUUAUGGACUGUGUACGAAAGAGUUACAAAGAGGAAGGCUGGAGAGUGUUUUCAAGAGGCCUCACCUCUACUUUACUCCGGGCCUUCCCAGUUAAUGCAGCUACAUUUGCUACAGUCACCAUGUUCCUUAUGUACAUGAGAGGAGAAAAUGACCUACCUGAAUGUGAGGCUGGUCCAGCCAUCCAGCAACCCAAUAGCAUGUGAUUGCAUUAUAGCAAAUGUGACCAUCGAUGUCGGAGAGUUAUUUUUUAUAUAUGGGAGCUGUACAAAUUGUAUGUACAUAACUUUUAUGUAUAGUUUGUUUUUAUGCUUUUAGACAGGAUUUCAUCUCAUUCGUUUUAUCAUAGACCGUCUAGAAUGGAGAGGUCACAGUUACGGAGAUUCUCCUAAGUAGAGGGUAUUGCUGAAGGUUGCUGAGGUAUCGGGACCU